UCUGAAUGAUGUUUAUCGUGUGAAUGUGAUAUUUUAUAAAAGAGAUGAUAAGCAAAUGCACUGAAUCAAAUAAAAAAAAAUCCAAUUCCAAAUCAACAGAUUCAAUUGUAAAGAGGAAACAAAAUUUUUGUUGAAUUGCACCGUGUACAGAAUGAUACAAAUGUUGAAUGCCGAUAUUUUUCAUCCAAACUCAAUGUUAUAUUGAAUACACCGUGUUGAUUUUCUGCUGUUCGAUUCGAGUUUGACGUUGACGUUUAAUGAGCCUUUCGUUCAGUCAGUCAAAAAAAAAUACAACAACUUGAAUGGAAAUUUUAGUUGUACUGAUGUGCGAUGCGAGGAGAUCGUUUUUACAUUUGUGUUAAUUGAUAAAUUGUUAAAAAUGUAUAUUAAACAUUGUGAACAAAAUUCUGGUACUAUGUGAAGGAUACUAAGUUUGAAGUGAAGCGCUAUUGUUUUUUUUUGUUGUAGCGUUUGCCCAUCAAAACUCAAAGUUAAAAAACUAAUUGAAUUUCCUAAAAAAGUAGUUAAAAGAUAAAAAAAAUAUGUCAUUACCGUACAUUCAACAAUUGACAAAAGUGAUUGUGGCUCAAAUCACACAAACCAUCGGAUGGAAUUCCAUUCAGACAACACCAUUGGAAUUAAUCACUGAUAUUUUACAUAAAUAUCUUGAGGAACUGACGCGCCAAACGCAACGUUAUACCGAACUAUAUGGUCGCACCGAGCCGAAUUUAGAUGAUAUUGCAUUAGCAUUCAAUGAUCUUAAUAUUAAUAUAGCCGAUUUGGAAGAGUACAUAACAAAUGUCGAUUCAGUGCCAUGCAUUGUAAAUGUACCGAAAUUUCCCAUUGCAAAAGAAUCAAAUUUGAACUUUCUCAAGCCAGGUUCGAAGGAAGUGGUCACUCGACCUGUUCACAUACACGAACAUCUGCCACCAAUUCAACCGCAUGAAGAAACGCCACCAGCCGAAGAAGCACCCAAACUCGAUGCAAUUAUUCAAGACGAACAUAAUAGUACGAACAUUAUACAAACAUAUAUUAGCACAAAUCAAAUAAGUGAUCGGCCGGUGUUAAUGGAUGAAAAUGGUAUUUUUGAACACGAUGGAACGAUUGAAGGUAGUGAAGCGAUUAAUGUGAUUGGCGAGACAACUGUCAUUGAAAAUCAUACCACAGUCUCAAAUGACGAGAACACAUUCAGAAAACCAUUUGAUGUAAUACCAUCAACACAAACCGCAGCUCAUCGACCACCGCCGUCGACAUCAAUUAACAACAACGAAAACGGUUCAAAUGCCGGCAGAAAAACACGUGAGAUUGUUAGUUGUUUUAUGACCACGGGUGGAUUUAUAUCACCAGCUCGUGAGGGAAAAUUGCCAGAAGCAAGAAAACCAAUUGUUAUCCCCGAAGAACCUGAACCUGAAGAAAUUGAAAUAAAACAACGUACACCAAGUCCUGAAAUUAUUGAAAGUAAACAUCAUGAUUUAGGUAAAGAUGCACAUAAUACCAGUCACACCGAUGGUUCAUACGAAGAUGGUGAAAACACUAAAGGUGUCAAAUUGUAUGAAGUAAUACAAACGAUGCCGGAUGCAUUACAAAAGAAAAAAACGAAAAAAUCUCAAAUUGAUGUUACACAAAUAAAAGAGCAAAAGAAACAAAAGAAAAUCAACCAAUUGAAAGCCAAUCGAAACAACGAUCAUCCAUUUAGUCAUAUUAUUCCAAAAGGUGAUGGCUCCAUGCCGAUGAACAAUUCGGAUCCUUCGCCCGUUUAUGAGAAAAUGAAAAAGAAAUUUGCAAGAUUGGAUACACUCAAAAAGAAAUAUAAACAAAAACAAUUGAACGGCAAUCUACCAUUUUCGGUCAAUGAUACACCCGAAUUACAAGAAAAACCACGCAAAAAGAAAAUGUCCAAAUUAUCGAAGAAGAACUUACAAGCUAUUGGUCUGAAUCCGAAUGUAAUGGAAGGAUUUACUAUUCCAUCGGUCACACUCGAUCCAUAUUCAAUGCAUGAGACAGCAACGAAUGCCUAUCCACCAAAGGAAAGUCUCAAAAAAAUCAAACAAUUUCAAAAAUUAUCAACCGAGCCGGAUAAACAGAAGAUUAAAUUCUUUAAAAAAUUAUCAUCAACCGCAUCCAAUUUGCUGAGCAAACCGAAUGAUGAUCCACAUGAAUAUGAUCGCAUGUUGAAUCCAAUUGUGCAUCCGAUGCUAUCGAACCAUCCAAAUGAUUUGAAUCAUCAAAUGGUCGGCCAAGAAUUAUUUGAAAAUGAUAGAUUUGGUAGUGGUGGAAAAUUCGAUCAUAUUUGCGGAAUGACAGACAUGAAUCGCAUGCCACCCAACUUGGACAAUUUGCCGCCUAGUAAAAAAUUAAAACUUCUAAAGAAAUUGAAUAAACCUCCCAAAGAGCCAAAAAUAACGAAAACUAAAAAAUACAAAAAAGAUCCACUAGCAAAGAAAGAACGAGUACCAAAAACUCCAAAACUAUUAGAUCCACCAUAUGUUAUGACACCGAUACCACCGCCAGUGUCAUCAUAUAAUGUCGAAGAGAAUCCUCUAUCAAAAAUGUUUUUAAACGAUGAUUUCCGUCCGAAUGUCGGUUUAAUCAAUCAAUACCCGAUGCCUGGUUUGAAUUUCAAUCCACUUUUUCAAUCUGUUCGCUUUGAUUUGCCCGUACGUGAUCAAAUUCAAAAUAAUCCAUUUGGUCCGGGUCUUCAAAAUUUCGACUUUGCCAAUUUAAAUCGUUUUAAGCGACCCAAUUUUAAUGAUCCCACACAUCAAAAAGAUGCGGAAAAUUUAUCCAAACAUUCGCAAGACACAUCGAAACCAUUAUGUAAUGUUGCACCACUCAUGCCACCGUCGUUUGAUAUCGAAAUGCACCACAAAAAUGAAUACAUUGCAAAUUCAUCAUUGAAUGAAUCGUUGCAUUCGUCACAAAAACACUAUCAAGAACCGUCAAACGCCAACUUUGGUUCAAAGAAAAGUGUCAUGUUUAGCAACGCAAAUCCACAUGUUCAUGAAGUAUACAAUUCACCGAUUGUAAUCAGUGGUGAUGAUGAUGAUGAUGACGAGGACGAUGAUGAUAAUGACGAUAAUAAUAAGCAUCGGAAUCCAUCACAUUCACCUAGUCAUCCAAGUAUUAGCGGUUUCGAGGUAAAACGAAAGAAGGUCAAAGAUAAAAAGGACAAAGAGAAAAAGGAGAAAAAGGACAAAGACACUGGCGCAGUUAAAUUGAAAAAGAAAAAAGAUAAAAAAGAUAAAUCAAAGAACAAAGGUGAACACUCAAAAUCACCGAAAGAUAAGUCAGCGCUGAAAAAAGAAAAGCGCGAAAAGAAAAAGGAACGUGAACGGUCGGCCGCCUUGGUAAAUGAUGCAAAUGAUAGCAUAGUAACAACUUCGAAUAUAUUCUAUGGUUCUACACAAGCACAUACCGAAUGGCAACAUGAUGCCUUUUCCAAAGAUCCCGAUCACAGCCACAUCGGCAAUAAUAGUUUAGAUAUGAAUCAAACAUUCAACACGGAAAAUAGUAAUUUAGAAACAAGUACAAUUCCAAAACUGACACUCAAACUAGCACCAUCGUCAUCGUCACCAUCAUCACGGACAUCACGACCAUCAACGCCUGACUUUCCAGUUAGUAAAAAAAGCAGCUCAAAAAAGAAGAAAAAGCAAUGGCGCACAAUGGACGAAGACAGUGAAAAAAGCGAUGUUGAAGUCGUUGGUAUUUGUGGAAAGUUGGAUGAACAGACAAGUGAACAAAUAGCACGAGAACCAUCUCCAGAAUUAGCUAGAAUAAGCGCAUUAAUAACAAGACCACCAAAACAGAAAUCAUCAAACAAACAACAAACGACCGAUUUUAAUUCAACAAUUAAAAAUGAAUAUUUCGAUGCUUCGGUACCAGCUCGAAGUGAUUAUAAUUCGUCGAUGGCAAGUUCAACAGUUCUGCCACCAACCCCGUCCGGUCGUGGUCGACCAAAAGGUUCGAGUAGUUUAAAAUCUUCAAAAUCCAAAUCUUCUAAAGCAAGUGCCUCAUUUGCAAGCGACCCAGAUAAAAAAUCUCAAACGUUCGACAAUCAGUCAAAUAUUAUUGAUCCUCAUAACGUGCCGAAUGUUAUCCAAGCUGAUGAGCAGACAAAUGAUGAGAAUCAAGUAUGGAUUUGUCCGGCUUGCGGCAGAGUUGAUGAUGGAACUCCAAUGAUUGGUUGUGAUGGCUGCGAUGAUUGGUACCAUUGGGUAUGUGUCGGCAUUCUUGUUCCUCCCAACGAAGACCAAGACUGGUUUUGUCGUGUAUGCAUAUCACGGAAGCAGGAAGAUAAAAAGAAGAAACGAAAGAAAAAAGACAAAAAGGAUCAUUAGCAAAAUUAAUGGCGUUAUGGACCAGGUCUCUCCUUCAUUUGAAUUUAGUUGGGGCGGAAUUUAUUUUCAACUUGGCACCAUAUUUCUUAUAAAUUUUAUAAUAUUGUUGUCUGUAUGCUUCAUACACAAUGUAAAUAGCAUUCGAUUUAUUUAAUGUUCAAUAAACGGAAAACACUGAAA